AUGGCGGGAGGUAGUAGUAGAAAAAGUCGAAGACGGAGAAGAUCCGAUGAAUCUGCAUCAGUGUCGGACUCCGACGACCACCGUCGAACUAGUCGGCGGUCACGGCGGGAGUCAGAUGAGUCCAGUGACGAUGAUGAUAGAAGUGGAAGAAAGAAAGAGUCUUCGAGAAAAAUCACAGAAGAGGAAAUUUCACAGUAUAUGGCUAAAAAGGCACAUAGAAAGGCUACAAAAGUUGCUAAAAAAUUGAAGACUAAUACAGUAUCGGGUUAUUCCAAUGACUCUAAUCCAUUUGGUGAUUCUAAUCUCAAUGAAAAGUUUGUUUGGCGCAAGAAAAUUGAACGCGAUGUUACUCAAGGUGUAUCUAUUGAAUCCUUUUCAGUUAAGGCUGAGAAGAAAAGGCAAGUAGAAAGGAUGGCAGAAAUUGAAAAGGUGAAAAAGAGGAGAGAGGAAAGGGCACUUGAGAAAGCACAACAUGAAGAAGAAAUGGCAUUGUUAGCUAGAGAACGUGCUCGAGCUGAGUUCCAGGACUGGGAAAAAAAGGAAGAGGAGUUCCAUUUUGAUCAAAGCAAAGUUAGGUCAGAAAUUAGAUUGCGUGAAGGGCGUGCCAGGCCAAUCGAUGUCCUAACCAAGCACCUCAAUGGUUCUGAUGAUUUGGAUAUAGAAAUAAAUGAACCAUACAUGGUCUUUAAGGGUUUGACUGUUAAAGAAAUGAGUGAACUUCGUGAUGACAUCAAAAUGCAUCUGGAUCUUGACAGGGCAACACCAACCCAUGUGGAAUACUGGGAGGCUCUCCUCGUGGUAUGUGAUUGGGAACUUGCUGAAUCUCGGAAAAAGGAUGCAAUUGAUCGAGCUAGGGUACGUGGAGAAGAACCUCCUGCUGAGCUGCUUGCUGAACAAAGGGGUUUGCAUUCCAGUGUUGAGCCAGAUGUGAAGGACCUUUUACACGGAAAGACACGUACAGAGUUGGAAGCCUUACAGGUUCACAUUGAGUCAGAGAUGCGUACUGGUACAGCAAAGGUGGUUGAGUACUGGGAAGCCAUUUUAAAACACCUCCAUAUAUACAAGGCCAAGGCUUGUUUAAAGGAAAUCCAUGCUAGAAUGUUGCGUAAGCAUUUGGAACGUCUUGAGCAACCAUUGGAGGAUGAAGAUGAACCGGAGAGUGCUCAUGACAUGAUACCUGAUGAGGCAUAUAUUGAGGAUGAUGCUAAAGUCCGUUCUGCAGAUGAGUCAUUUUCACCAGAGCCCAUUAGAGAGAAUCAAGAAGCUGAAGACGAGGCUGGAUCAUUUUCGCCACAACUGUUACAUGAUGAUGAAAAUGAAGAAGCUAUUGAUCCUGAAGAGGACAGAGCUAUACUGGAGCGGAAACGUAUGGCUGUAAUAGAAGAGCAACAAAGACGAAUUCAGGAAGCAAUGGCAUCAAAGCCUGCUCCAUCGGAAGAUAAUUUAGAGAUGAAAGCCAUAAAAGCUAUGGGAGCUAUGGAGGAUGGAGAUGCAAUGUUUGGAUCUGGAGCUGAAGUGAGCCUUGAUUCCCAGGUUUAUUGGUGGCAUGACAAGUACAGACCAAGGAAGCCAAAGUAUUUCAACCGUGUUCAUACGGGAUAUGAAUGGAACAAAUAUAACCAGACUCACUAUGAUCAUGACAACCCACCUCCAAAGGUUGUGCAAGGUUACAAAUUUAAUAUUUUCUAUCCUGAUCUUGUAGACAAGAUAAAAGCCCCAAACUACACUAUUGAGAAAGAUGGCAGCAAUGGAGAGACUUGCAUUAUACGAUUCCAUGCAGGGCCACCAUAUGAAGAUAUAGCUUUCCGCAUUGUAAACAAAGAAUGGGAAUAUUCUCACAAGAAAGGUUUUAAGUGCACAUUUGAACGUGGAAUUUUGCAUGUGUACUUCAAUUUCAAACGUCACCGCUACCGUAGAUAG